CAUUAUAUACAAUUGGUUGACCCUCGGUGGAGACGAAGAGGUGUUCGGGGUCCCGUCGAGUCAAGUCAUUCCGCGACAAUUUACCUGUUCUGAUAUGCUGUUGAGAUGUGUGCUCCAGAUUCCCUAUCGAUCUACCAUCACUCGUCUCGUCCGAGACACCUCGCGCAAAAUGUCAACUGCAGAUUCUCUUAGCGCCGAAAUCAAAAAGCAAACUGCAAUUCUGAACGAACUGCGCCUUCAAAACAACGAUCCCGUCAGGUUGGACGCUACGAAGAAGGAACUGGGUGAACUAAAACGGAGACUGGCCGCGACCGCUAGAGCUACUGACUCCGCCGUGAAUGGAGCGACUGCGGUAUCGGGCGACAAAGACGAUGCUAAGAAGCGGGAACGGCUUCUGCUUAAAACUGCCAAGGGAACAAGGGACUAUGGGCCUGCGGAGACGUACUGUCGCGACCAUAUCGAGAGAAUAGUGAAGGACGUGUUUAUGACAUAUGGGGGGAGCUCUCUGGAUACCCCCGUGUUUGAGAGGAAGGAUGUUCUAGCUGGAAAGUAUGGCGAGGACCAGAAACUUAUUUUCGACCUGAUGGAUGAGGGCGGGGAGCAGUUGGCGUUGAGAUACGACCACACAGUUCCGCUUGCAAGAUAUAUCGCCAUGUCUGGGGCAACGAUUCAGGGCAAGAUCUGGCAGGUUGGCAAGGUGUAUAGGCGGGAUAGUCCAGUUAUGUCCAAGGGCCGGAUGCGGGAAUUCAUGCAGGCCGAUUUGGAUAUCGUUGGCGUCUGGGAUCCUAUGAUACCGGACGCAGAGAUAGUCAGCUUGCUCUGUACUAUUCUCUCCAAACUCGAGGUUGGUGAAUUUACCAUCAAGAUCAAUCAUCGCAAGAUUUUGGACGGUAUAUUCGAGGUGUGCGGCGUGCCUCCAGAGAAGAUACGGUCAAUCUCCUCUGCUGUAGAUAAACUGGACAAGGUCCCGUGGUCGGAUGUGAAGAAGGAAAUGACAGAAGAAAAGGGUUUGAGCCCCGAAGUAGCCGAUAAAAUAGGUGAAUACGUCAAGCACAAAGGUGGACCAGCCCUCCUUGAACAACUCAAAGCCGACGAAAUUUUGAUGUCUAAUCCAAGCGCCAAACAGGGUGUGCAGGACAUGGAGCUGCUCUUUGCGCUUCUCAAAGCUUACAAUAAUGUAAUCGACAGAAUCUCGUUUGACAUGUCGCUGGCUCGAGGCCUCGACUAUUAUACCGGAAUAAUCUAUGAAGCCAUCGUAGAAGCGUCGGCCCCUCCGGGCUUCAGUUCUGCAAAUGCGGUUGUCUCUCCAGUUACAGACGGAGCACUGGCGCCGGCGCCACCGAAGAAGAAGUUCAAAAAGUCCAAGACCGAAACCCUCGAGGAAGAGGAAGAAGUCGACGAAUCUCAAGUGGGCGUUGGGUCGAUUGCAGCUGGGGGACGCUACGACAAUCUCGUUGGCUUGUUUACAUCAGCGGCUGCUGGUGAAGGGAAGAAAGGCGCCUCAUUACCUUGCAUUGGCGUUAGCAUCGGCAUGGACCGGAUAUUCGCCAUUAUUUGGCCGAAAUGGGUGGAGAAGGGGAUGCGCAGUAAAGAAACGAUGGUGUAUGUUAUGGCCGCUGGCGAUGGGCUACUCGAGGAGCGCAUUAGGCUUGUUCAAGAAUUGAGAGAAGCCGGUAUAAAAACGGAUUUCCUCGCCAAGAGGAAACCGAAAUUACCGGCCCAAUUUUCCGCGGCUGAGAAGGACGAAGUCCCGUUUGACAUUAUCCUUGGAGCUGACGAGCUUAAAGAAGGUCUGGUGACUGUCAAAGAACAGAAGUGGGAGUUCGUCGACGGCAAGAAGGCGAAGGUGCAGUCCACGGAACAGGGUAUCAAGGUCAGGCGGGAGGAACUGGUUUCCUGGCUUAAGAACACUCCUACAUAUCUUAACUGGUCGAGCGGAAGACUGAUUUAGAAUCCCCUGUAAUACCCCAGUGGUACAGUCGAAAAGAUUAUAAUAAAUUUUGAUCAGGUACCACAUAUCAUUCACCACCAACAAGAUUGCAUGCUAAUAGUGG